CAUGCGCAAGAGCGUCAGCAGCAGCAGCAGCAGCAGCAUCACCACCAUCGCCACCGCCGCCGCCGCCGCGCUGCGUUUCCGCCUUGGCUGAGCGGCGCACACAGUCGAGAGGGGAGGGGAGGGACGCCGAGAGGAAGAACGGAGACGCAGUGGGGCACAGCACGGACUCCAAGGAGCAAAUUACACCGACGCACCAGCACCCCCACCGCCCCCUCUCCAGAAACACCUCAAGCGGCGACCUGACCUGUGCGGUGCGCGCGUUGAGCUUUCCAGCAUGGAGACUGCGAUAAAUAAUAAGCACUAAAAUUCUGAAAAUGAAGAAGUUCAACAUCAGGAAGGUGCUGGACGGUUUAAAAGAGGUGUCCUCCUCCACGCCGUCUGUCCAAGUGGGGCCACAAGAGAACCAUCUCAUCCAGGAGACCCUCCAGUCCGAGCAUUUCCAGCUCUGCAAGACUGUCCGUCAUGGCUUCCCCUAUCAGCCGUCGUCCAUGGCUUUUGACCCUGUGCAGAAGAUAUUGGCCAUCGGCACCCAGAGUGGAGCUCUCAGAUUGUUCGGGCGUCCUGGUGUGGAGUGUUACUGUCAGCAUGAGAGUGGAGCGGCUGUCAUCCAGCUACAGUUUCUCAUCAAUGAGGGGGCGCUGGUGAGCGCUUUGGCAGAUGACAGCGUCCACCUAUGGAACCUGAGACAGAAGAGACCAGCCAUCCUCCACUCCCUCAAGUUCAACAGAGAGAGAAUAACUUUCUGCCACCUGCCCUUCCAGAGUAAAUGGUUGUACAUCGGCACAGAACGAGGGAACAUCCACAUUGUCAACGUGGAGUCCUUCAUGCUCUCAGGCUACGUCAUCAUGUGGAACAAAGCCAUUGAACUGUCCUCUAAGGCUCAUCCUGGACCAGUUGUUCACAUAAGUGAUAACCCCAUGGAUGAAGGAAAGCUUAUAAUUGGAUUUGAGUCUGGGAUCGUGGUCCUGUGGGAUCUCAAAUCAAAGAAGGCAGACUAUCGCUACACAUAUGAUGAGGCUAUCCACUCAGUUGCCUGGCAUCACGAGGGCAAGCAGUUCAUCUGCAGUCACUCAGAUGGAACUCUGACCAUAUGGAACAUCAGAGGCCAGGGCAAGCCCAUACAGACAAUCACACCACACGACCCCUUCAUAAUCUUUUCUGGUGGUCUGUCCUACGACACGGUGGGCCGGAGGCCUUGUCUAACAGUGAUGCAUGGGAAGAGUACUGCUGUGCUGGAGAUGGACUAUCCUAUAGUAGACUUCCUCACGCUAUGUGAGACACCAUAUCCUAAUGAUUUUCAGGAACCCUACGCUGUGGUCGUCCUUCUAGAAAAGGAUUUAGUGGUGAUCGACCUUGCACAAAAUGGUUAUCCAAUAUUCGAGAACCCCUAUCCUCUGACUAUCCACGAGUCUCCUGUGACAUGCUGCGAGUACUUUGCCGACUGCUCUGUGGACCUCAUACCUGCACUUUACUCUGUUGGCUCACGGCAGAAACGACAGGGCUACAGCAAAAAGGAAUGGCCCAUUAGUGGUGGAAACUGGGGUCAAGGCAUACAGAGCUACCCAGAGAUCAUCAUCACUGGGCACGCUGAUGGAACUGUGAAGUUCUGGGAUGCCUCUGCAAUAAUGCUCCAGGUGCUCUAUAAACUCAAAACAGCCAAGAUAUUUGACAGGAACAGGUCUAAGGAGGACAAGGGCAGCACAGAGGUGUCAGAUGAAGACCCCUUUGCCAUUCAGAUCAUGGCCUGGUGCCCUGAGAGCCGGAUGCUGUGUGUGGCCGGUGUGUCAGCCAAUGUUAUCAUCUACCGCUUCAGUAAGCUGGAAGUAACUACUGAGGUGGUUCAGUUACUAGAGGUGCGAAUGCAGUACGAACUGAAUGACAUAGAGUCUCCAGAUGGCGGGGGUGAACAGACAUCAGCGCUCCCGACGCCCGGUGCCUCUCCUCAGACAAGCGGCCCACCUUCACACCCUUCCACCAGCAGCAACAACUCUGAUGGAGGCAACAUACCCUGCCUCAAAGUGCGCAGUACUCCAUUGAAGCAGUCUCCGGGUUACCAGGUAGAUUUGGUGGUCCAGUUAGUGUGGGUGAGUGGAGAGCCUCCUCAGCAGAUCACAAGUCUGGCCGUCAAUUCCUCCUACGGCCUAGUGGUAUUUGGCAACAGUAACGGUCUGGCAGUGGUGGACUACAUCCAGAAGACAGUAGUCCUCAACUUGGGGACGGUUGAGCUUUAUGGCUCUAAUGACCCCUACCAGAGACAGCCCCGGUCGCCGAGAAAGACGCGGCAGCCUUCUGGAGGUCUUUGUGACAUCAAUGAAGGCUCGGCUACAUCGGAGGACCGCUGCAAGUCGCCUACUUCAGCAAAGAUGUCACGGAAAUUAAGCUUGCCUACUGAGCUAAAGCCAGACUUGGUCCUCCUGUCUGUAUGCCCGCCGCGGGGUGCCAACCCAUUAGACCACCGGGACAACUCUUUCAGCCGCUCACGCUCGUCCAGUGUCACCAGCAUCGAUAAGGAAGCACGAGAGGCCAUCAGCUCAUUCCACUUCUGUGAGACUUUCGCUCGGAAGGGGGACAGCACUUUGACACCCUGUCUGUAUGUGGGCACCUCCCUGGGAACUGUCCUGGUUCUGGCUCUCACAUUGCCACCUGCUGGAGAGCAACGGCAACUGCAGCCAGUUAUCCUUUCACCUGCCGGUAUGUUGGUACGGCUGAAGGGAAGCAUCUUGCGGAUGGCCUUUAUAGACUCCACGGGUUCUCAGCUGCCAUCUGCAUAUGAGCCUUGGUAUGAACCCAACGUCACAGCAGACGGCGAAGAAAGAGAAAAAGUCCGUAAGCGCCGGCCCGUCUCAGUGUCCCCUUCCACCUCCCAGGACCUCAAUGAGAGCCAGUAUGCUGUAGUGUGUUCAGAGAAACAGGCCAAAGUCAUUGCCCUUCCUUCCCAGACCUGCAUCUAUAAACACAGUAUCACAGAGACCUCCUUCAUCUUACGGGCAGAUGUGGUGCAGAUGAACCAAGGCAUGUGCGUGGCUUGUUUCUGUGCCAACGGCCACAUCAUGACCCUCAGUGUGCCAGGACUGAGACCGCUCAUGGAUGUGAACUACCUACCUUUGACAGACAUGCGGAUAGCCAGGACUUUCUGCUUUACUAACCUGGGUCAGGCCAUGUACCUCUGCUCCCCCACUGAGAUCCAGAGGAUCACUUACAGUCAGGACACUUGUGAAAACCUACAGGAGAUGCUGGGUGAACUUUUCACACCAGUGGAGACACCGGAGGCCCCCAACAGAGGGUUCUUCAAAGGCCUGUUUGGUGGCGGUGCACAGUCGCUGGACAGAGAGGAACUAUUUGGUGAAGUAGCAGCUGGAAGGGCAUCGCGAAGUCUGGCCCAGCACAUGCCUGGCCCAGGUGGCAUUGAGGGGAUGAAGGGAGCUGCCUCUGGUGUGGUUGGUGAUCUGGCACGUGCCCGGAUAGCACUAGAUGAAAGAGGCCAGAAACUGGGUGAACUGGAGGAGAGGACGGCCGCCAUGAUGGCCAGUGCAGACUCUUUUUCCAAACACGCCCACGAGAUGAUGCUGAAGUGCAAAGACAAAAAGUGGUACCAGUUCUGAUUGGUGGAAGGGGUGGAGUAGAGCUCUGUGGACACCAUUGUCUGAUUGACCUCCCUCAUCUGGCUCAUCUGGACUCACCGUGACCCCUACCCAUCUGUCUGUCCCUUCAUCCGUCCCUCCAAGCCUUCUUCACUGAGACACUUGGGGAUUUUCUUCCCUAGCACAAUGAUGAAACACUGUACUUACCUCAGUCUUGGGGUGGAACUGAGGGGUAGACAGGAGAGGAAGACGACCUCAGAGGGAAUAACUUAAUAAAUGGUGUCUUCUUUUUAUGUUCUUGUCUCAUUGUUUAUCUCUGUUCAGCCUCUCCUCUGAGGUAGCUGACUGGCCCAUGCACCUGAAGAUUCUUCACUCUCAUUUGCCAAAAUGUUCUUUACUGUUGUCUCUACUCUGUACCCUCGUGGCCAAUAUUCAAACUGGCUAAAAAAAAAAAAAGACAAAUGUGUAAUGAAGAAGCAAAGACUUCAAAAAGUUAUUAAAAUGUACAAAAAAAAGUAAAUACAUCAUUAUAUAUACAUAGAUCUAAUAAAUGUGCAAUGCUGUAUCCACUUCCAAGUGACAAGUACAAAACAAAGGGAUAACUCAUCGGGGAGAUGGAAGCGGGGCGCGAGGGCCGAAGGAGGCACCGUUGGAGAGGUAUAAGAAGUGCUGCGAUAGCGAUGUCUCCUCUAUGCAGAGGGUCGCAGGGAUAACUCAUUCGGAAGUACACUGGAUAUUUCAUCAUCUUGCUCAAUCUCUAGACUCACCUCUGUAUUUGACAAACUUUCAAAUCGUUACCGUGUGUGUGUGGGCGCGUGCGUGAGAACGUAUGUGCGUGCGUGAAUUUCUUUUCUCGCCAUUCCUCUAUUUGUUAUUUGUUGGGUUAUUUGCUCCGUCUGUAUUAUGCUCAUUAUUAUUAGUAGUAAUAUUAUUGGAAAAUCUCUUAUUUUUCUAUUGUUGUGAAAGUGGAUGAUAUUUAAUUUGUUGAAAAAGAAAAUACAUUUUGUGACUGUUGUCUAACAACUGAAAUUAAUUUCUCCUUAUGAAAAGGGCUGGAAUCUAUAAGGAGGGCAAGGAUAUAAAAGGCAUAUUUGGGACUCAGUAACAUGGUGACAUCAGCUUUUUUUUUUUUUUAAAUUCUAAAAGAGAGCAUGUAUGAGCCACACACAUUUAUUCCUUUACUGAAAAUGUCAUUUAAUCACUUAUCAGAUGCAAUGUGAGCUGCCUCCCACUUGCUAGCUCUGUCUCCGAUGUCACGAGCUCGGUGGUUUGAUGAAAUCAGCGUUAAAUACACAAAUAGCCAAGUAUCAGUAUUGGAUUACAUACAUUGCAAGCAUAAACCCUAACAGUAAUCAUACAGAUGGGAUAAAAACAAGAAAAUGGCUGAGUAAUCUUUCAAAGGGACAUAUUUGAAACUUUUUGCGUGUAUUUUUAUUUAUUUUUUGUUAUUUUCUGUGUUUUGCUCACACUUGUCUGUACGUGUGAUUCCUUUUAAUAUUUACUUACUGAGGUGGAGGAGACAGCUGUGUUUGGUGUUACCUUCAUUAUUAUCCUGUUUCUAUUUUCCAUGUUUGCAGUCGAACUCAAACGUGAUGUAUCUGUCUGCCGGGCUUUUAACCUUUAUUUGUAUAUAAGUAAAUAGUUUGACAAUCUAAGUGGAAAGUAAAUGCCGAAGUUGCUCAGGCAACAAAAGAGGAGACAGGCCAUAUUUUUUUCUGACGCCAAAGAAUUGCUUUACCUUUCCCAUUGCGUUGUCCCAUAGCAUUUGGCCGCGAGUCUGGAAACCACACGGUACAUGUGAAUAUGUGUUAUCCAGUUUAGAUAUAUCACCCUUGUCACUUUUCAGGGUUCAGGAAAUGGAAAGUCGCAAAGGAACUCAGCCAUUUGUAACACGAUGGAUCAUAAAAAUCACUAUCAUUCCACCACACCUCAAAUGAUGUUUAUGGUAUUCAUCUGUGUGAAUGGGUGUAUUUGUACAUUUUCUCUGUCUGUAUGUAAGGUUAUGUUCAUGUAAAUGAAGUGAUAUGAUUUAUUAUAUUUUGUUUACUCAUUGCUGGUGAUGUCCUAGUUCAGGUAAGUGUGGACAAACUCAAAAAAAGUAAAAAAGAAAAAAAAGAGGACAAGGAUAAGAUCAUGUGUGAUAAUAUGUGAGGAUGACCUCUAAAUUUUGGUUUAAUUUAAAAGUCCUUCACUUGUCAUCUGUAUUCUCUCCGUUGGUUGCGCUGCUACAGAUGUGGCCUCCUGUGUUUCCAGUAAGCAUUGUGGUGUGAAUGUUGGCUGGUUGGUCUAUCUUUCGCCCCUAAGCUUAAAAAGAGAGACAAAACGAAGUACUUCAGGAAAAAUAGCUGUUUUAGCUACAAGUCAGCCCCCUCACCAAUAUCCGUUUGAUGUCUUUCCCUUUAAUCCAGCUGUUAUUUCUUUGAAUGUUAUACUUGUUUUCCCAUCUUUCAGUGAAUUUGAUUUUUCAGCCCAUGUACUACAGUAUGCAGUAUUCCUACCUGAUAUGAUCCACACUCAAUAAGAGGGAGUCCUGUCUAUCUGCCAUAUGCCAUCUUCUGUCCUCGAUUCAACAGUUAUCAGUGGGUUGCAGUAUUUUUCUCAUUGUAGCCAAUUUUCUUGUACAGUUUUAUGCAACUUUCACAUGGAUGUUUAUGACUUUAUCUGCUGCCACAAAAAUUUAGAAAUUCUGUAGAUAGAGAUUACUGUGCAAUGGAAAAUAAAAGUCGAAAAUGGA